AUGGCUGGACAUCUGAAUAUUCAAAUUCAAUCGCCUUCUUUGGAGUUCAACUCGUUGAAACAGUUUGCUCCGUCGACUUUGGUCAUGGAAUUAAAGGUAAUUAGCAUCAUUAUAUUUAUGUUGUCCUCUUUUUUAGUGUUUUGUCCAUUUGAUACCUAAAAUAAUAUAAUUUUAGCGAAAACUCGAGUUGGUUGUGGGAAUGUACAAGGACGACAUGGUUCUCUCUUUACUGAACCCCGAAGGAAAGUUUGAGAGGGAUAUAGUUGAAGAAGGAGCUACUUUGGAAGAAAUUGGAGCGAGAAAUGAUUGGAUCAUCAAGGUUACGAAUAAAAAUGGAGACCUUUUGAAGUUCGAUGGUGCUGAGAAGUUCAACAUCCCUGAUGACAAAUAUGCCGAACGUGAAGGUACCUUUCUCAUAUUUCUUGUUUAAAUUCUAGGUUCUCAGAAAUUUCCUUGGUCUACUUCAACGUCAUUGGUAAUAUAUCUUUUUGUAGAUAACGCCCGCGCUUUCCUUGCUAAGGUGAAGGAGCAACCCAAGCCCUUCGUAAAGUUCGGCAGUCGAGUGAUAGUGAAGGUGAAAGGAAAAGAGGAUCGUGUUGGAACUAUAAGAUAUGUUGGUGAGGUUCAUUUCAAGCCGAACGAACUUAUGGUUGGUGUUGAACUGGAUCAAGCGACUGGCAAAAACGACGGAGAAGUGGAAGGAAGACGGUAGGACCUUUUUUCUCCUAUUUAUUCUUCUAAAAUUUUAGGUAUUUCCAAUGCGCUCCGAAUCACGGUGUAUUUGUUACUGCUCGUUCGGUUUAUCCGCUGGACACGAUCCCAAUAAAUGGAAACUCGCACCAAACCCAACUGCCAAUGGAAUUGUAAGCCCUUAUGAAGCUGUGCCUGCGGCGAAUUACGCCUUAUGCCGUCCUAUUUAUUCAAUUUUUCAUCACUUGUGCAACUCUUGGUCUCAAUAACGAAUAUCUCCCGAAGAUACGCCCUUAAUUAGCUUGUGAUUAAAUUUAUUAACCAUAUAUGGCCGGAAGUUGAGUGAGAGACAUUUUAUGUUUGAGAUUUUACAAAGUUUUUAGCUGAUUUUCAGCGAUUAG